AUGGACACGUUGAAACACCGUUUCACGACUGCGCCAUCUAUCUAUCUAUCUAUCUAUCUAUCUAUCUAUCUAUCUAUCUAUGUUCCUUUUACAAUCUAUCUAUUUAUCUAUCUUUUUUUCUGUUUCUAUCUAUCUAUCUAUCUAUCUAUCUAUCUAUCUAUCUAUCUCUUUUGUUUGGUUUCAAUCUAUCUAUCUAUCUAUCUAUCUAUCUAUGUUCUCUUUCAAUCAAUCUAUCUUUGUUCUCUUUCAAUCUAUCUAUCUAUCUUUGUUCUCUUUCAUUCAAUCUAUGUUCUCUUUCAAUCUAUCUAUCUAUCUAUCUAUCUAUCUAUCUAUCUAUCUAUCUAUCUAUGUUCCUUUUACAAUCUAUCUAUUUAUCUAUCUUUUUUCUGUUUCAUCUAUCUAUCUAUCUAUCAUCUAUCUAUCUAUCUAUCUAUUUUUUGUUUGGUUUCAAUCUAUCUAUCUAUCUAUCUAUCUAUCUAUGUUCUCUUUCAAUCAAUCUAUCUUUUGUUCUUUUCAAUCUAUCUAUCUAUCUUUGUUCUCUUUCAUUCAAUCUAUGUUCUCUUUCAAUCUAUCUAUCUAUCUAUCUAUCUAUCUAUCUAUCUAUCUAUCUAUCUACUUGAGGCCGUUCAUAUCUAUCUAUCUAUCUGA